GAAGUGCGCGUCCAUAGCGCCCUGCCCUCUGCGCGUCCCCGUGCAGAAGGGCUCUCUAGCCGUUAACGGAACGGCGUAUCAUCGACGUGUGAUCACACAUUUCUCCUGAUCAAAAUAACGUUAUCUCUCAGAUCCAGCGGUCAUUUUGACGGCAGUUCCUCGGUACCGGGAUUAUGACGACACGCGUGGAUUCGUGAAGAGAGCGGUGUCGUUCGCUGAGGGUCCUGAAUACACGGUAGACAGUGAAUAGUUGUGAAGUCCAGGCUGCAGUUUUGAGUGUGAUGGAGGGUUUUCCUGUCCACUGACACAGCAGCACUGCCCUGCAGUCAUGUCUGCAUGCAACACCUUCACUGAGCAUGUAUGGAAACCAGGGGAGUGCAAGAACUGCUUUAAGCCCAAGAGCCUGCACAGGCCUCCAGAGCAGACCAAUGCUGCUAAUGAGAGCAGGACUAACGCCAAUGUCAAGCUUACAAACAACAGCCAGAGGAGCAUGUCCUCAUCACGGGCAGGUCAGGUCCGUCCACCUGUCGCAAAGAAACCUACCAUUGCGGUGAAGCCUACCAUGAUGUUACCAAGCUCUCCGCCAGGACUGGACUCAGAAGGAAACGUUCCCAGGCAUGCAGAGGUAGUGCAGGUUAAUAAAAGUUCACCUUUCUCUGUCUGGACCCACAACACUUUAAAUAGCCCAAGAUUUACAGGGACAAACAACAAUCAAGGAGAGGAUUUGGUUGGGCAAACAGAGGCAUAUGGCCCAAUUUCCCCACAGACAGCUAGUAGUAACAACGGACUGACAGAUGUUCUGAAAGAGAUUGCUGGCCUGGGAUCUUCUCCAAGCUCCAGCAGAGACGACUUCUUCGGACGAAUCUGCAGUUCUUAUAGACGCUCAUUAGAGAGAGGCAUACCAGCUUCAAGCUGCCUUAAUGCUGGAAGUAGCAGCCGAGGAGCUGUAAAACGCGUUUCCCUUAGUGACAGUGCAGAGAUCAUCAGCUCUGAAGGAGGACGUUUCUGUUAUCCAGAUUUCUCAAGUGAUGGUGAUGAUGAAGACGACGACGAUGAUGAUGAAAGUGGUGAUGAGGAUGAUGGAGACCAUGACAGUUGGGAUGAAAGUGAUGAAGAGUUGUUGGCAAUGGGCAUCCGAAUGCGUGGUCAACCUCGUUUUGCUAAUUUCCGUGCAGCCACGUUGUCUCCUGUUCCCUUUGCUGUAGGAAAAAAGUGGAAUACCGUGCCUUUACGUAAUCGCUCGCUGCAGAGAUUAUGCGCAGUGGAUUAUGAUGAUAGUUAUGAUGAGAUUCUUAAUGGAUACCCAUCUGUUGACUCAAAUGGAGCUCCUGCACUUCUGGCAUACAGCUCUGACCACCAUGGUAGUGACUUUCUGUCCACUUCUGAGUCCACCACCUCACCUGAGUCCCUGACAUCUUUGCCUGACGAAUCCUGCACAGGCAGCAGUAGUGGCACCAGUGACCAGAAAAAUGGUCUUUCCUUACAAACUAGCAAAGAACCUUUAGCCAGAGGAUUGAACUCGCCAAAAUCCAAUGAAACUCAUAAAGCUGUCCUAGCUAUUCGACUGGAAGAACAAGAUGACAGUCAAAGAGAGGGCGGGGCUCUCCCACAGGCUCUUCCUGGCCAGCCUAUCACAAUCAGCUUCAGCCCAACUGAGGAACAGGCUAAGCCAUAUCGAGUAGUAAAUCUGGAAAAGGCUCCUAUCUGUAAGCCUUACACUGUAGUUGAUGUGUCUGCCUCGAUGGCCACAAAAGAAGAUCAUUCUCAAUCUAUUGAAAGCUCACCAAAGGCAAGUGGGUCUAAUGCAGCUGUCCGCUCCUUCCCUGACCUUCAUCCAGUCUCACCCACCUCUCCUCAGUCCCCCAAAUCACUCGUCUCGCCUGUGACAUCUCCAUCCUUUUCUUUGUCUCCUGUGGCACCUCUGUCUCCUGCAGGCACAUCAUCUGCAGGACCCAGUGGUUUUCGCACAAAACCCGGCAGCAUCCGUUACCAAGAAGUGUGGACAUCUUGCACCAGCCCUCGACAAAAGAUCCCUAAAGUAGAUUUCUCCAGUAGUGGUGCCACUCCAAGACUCAUCAACCACAAAUCAGCUCCAACUUCUCCAACUGCAGGCUUUGGCUCUGCCCGCACUGUCCCAACCAAAUCUCCAAACCUAUCUGAGAUCAAAUUUAACAGUUACAACAAUGCUGGCAUGCCCCCAUUUCCCAUCAUCAUUCGUGAUGAACCUGCAUAUGCACGUAGUUCUAAGAAAGCAGUGAAGGUUCCCAUAGUGAUAAAUCCUAGUGCUUAUGAUAAUCUGGCUGUGUACAAGAGUUUUUUGGGGCUCAACGGUGAGCUGCCCAAUUCGAAGCCUGGGCCAGGAGAGAGAGUAACCAGCCACACAUAUGAGGAGAUCGGAUCUUCCGAAAGUACGCAGCCCUCUCCUACUGAACUAACACCACAAAUGAAACUAACAUCUGAGACAACAGUUACUGGAGAAUUGAGGACCAAUGCAACAUCAGGACAGACAGUGAAUGACAGCAAAGCCAGAAUUACACUUGGUCUAUCUGCUAUUUCUACAGGUAACCUUAGCCCCAGCCCUACCCCUGCUGGUAUUACCCAAAGCAGUCUGGAUCACAUUCAUAACUCCCUUAGUGAGAAACCACCAGAAGGCAGCAACGAGCCCCAGGUCACACUCAGUGGAGGUUCAGGUCAGAGAGAGAAAGCAAGUGCUGUUCUGUCCCAGAUCGUGUCCUCUAUUCAACCUCCACUAUCUCCACCAGACUCUCCAGCUGGCCAAAGUAAAACUUGCAGUGUUGAAGAACUUUAUUCACAGUCACCAGAUCCCUCGAGAGACACUAUCAGUAGACCCAAAUCACUCCACUGUUCUGCAGAACCUCAUAAAGGAACACCUCUCAAACUCCUGCCUAAAUCUCAAAGUGCCUCUGCUGCUGUACCCCCCACAAGCCCCAAAUCUGAACCCAGUGCACCGUUUCCCCCAACACGGUCCAGCUCCUCUCCGUACCAUUCAAGUAACCUGCUCCAGAGACACUUUAGCAAUUGGACCAGACCAGCUGUUGCCAAACCUAGUGAUGGAGAGACCAGCCCUGGUGCAGAGGGCAGACGUGCAGCUGAUGGUAACAAGCCCAAACGCUGGAUUUCCUUCAAGAGCUUCUUCCGCCGGCGGAAGGAUGAGGAUGAACAGAAGGAGAAAAUGGAACGUGAGAAAGAAAAAGGGAAGUUGUUGGGAUUGGAUGGGACAGUCAUCACUGUAUUGCCCCCUCCACCUGUACAAAAACAGCACUGGUUUGCUGAAGCCAAGACAGAUGACCCUCACCAGAAACCCACUAUUAUAUUUACUUACAAAUCUGGAGAGGAGGGGGAACUUCGGGUUGAGGAGCACAAAGAAAGUUCAGGCGUUACAAUUGGUGGUGGACCUUCCAACCUGUCUACUCCACCAAAGAGCAGAGCCAGUAUCCUCAUUAGCAAAGUCAUGAAUCAGCUUCCAGCUCAGGAUACUGAGAGCGCUCCUGCCACCUCCCUGCUUGCUAAGCCAGAGCUAUCUCCCCUUCGUGAGCCGCCUGCCUGCUGUCCGCCCCCAGCGUCGCCCACCUCGCACAGCAGCAAUCAAGGAGAGCGAGAGGAAGAGGGAAUCGUUCGCACCGUCUCAGAGUCUUCGACAUCGAGCAGCUGCAGGGCCACGUACACCAACCUGGGUCAAUCCAGGGCCAACAUGAUCCCUGUGAAGCAUCCCAGACAUCCUAAAACAUCUGAAGACAAUUUAGCCUCUGACCCAGAGGUCACCGAACCCACCUCCAAAGCCACUCCUCCCCCCUUGCCCAAGAAGUUAGUCCCACGUGCUCAAACCGAACCAUCCACCGUAUCUCCCCGACCCAAAGGAGAGGCCAAACCAGGCGGAGCCAGUCUCAGCGUCGCCAAUCCGCUCUACGAUCUCGAGUCCACGUGGGACACGGCCAGUCAGAGCUCCUCGGUCAGCUCGGAGGCACGACAUCUCGAUGAAUCCGGAGAUUCCCUGGAGCGUCCGGUGGGGGGACGUAGCUUGUGUUCCCUCACCAAUAGCAGCACCGUGCAGGGGUGCGACCGCCGUGGCUACCGCAGUACGGAAAAUUUGACAGGCAGGACGCGAGGGGCCGGGCGACCCGCUAAGGUCCAGAAACAGGUGCCGUAUAGAGGCAUGGACAGCUGGGAGGAAGUGGUCGGGAGGAUUCGAGGCCUGCACACGGAUACGCUUCGUAAACUGGCGACCAGAUGUGAAGAUCGAUUCAUGGCUGGACAGAAAGAUCACCUGCGCUUCGGAACGGAUAGUUGGUCUCAUUUUCGGCUCACUGCCGGAAAACCUUGUUGUGAAGCUGGGGAUGCCGUGUACUACACCGCAUCCUUCGCCAGAGAACCUUUGAUGAAUUAUGCAGUCAAGAUCUGUAGGGGUGUGGUGAAGGAAUCUCAACAGCAAUUUUUUCACAGUCUGGCAGUUCGGCAGAGCAUCGCUGUGCACUUCAACAUUCAGCAGGAUUGUGGCCACUUCCUGGCCGAUGUUCCAGCUCGCCUGUUGCCCUGGGAGAAAGGGGAAGAUGGAGAUGACGAGAGAGAUGGUACAGACGAUGAAAAACACGAAAAAGAAAACGUGUUGAAAAGCCACGAGAAAGACGGGAAACUGUGCAGUCAUGUCGUGGUGAUCACGCGCGAGGUGCCGUUUCAAACGGUUGCGGAUUUCGUACGCGAGGCCGUCGAGCGCCACGCGCGAAACCCCGAGCUGUAUGAAAGGCAGGUGUGCCUGCUGUUACUCCAGUUGUGUGCAGGACUUGAACACAUGAAACCGUACCACGUCACGCACUGCGACCUGCGACUCGAGAACCUCCUGCUGGUGCACUGUCAGCCAGGGAACCCGUGGAACCUGGAAGUGCCGGAGCCCAACAAUAACGCAGCGUCCGGACCCUCAUCGGCCACCGCCUCUGCUUGCCCCGCCCGCCUCAUCAUCAGCAAUUUCUCUCAGGCCAAGCUGAAGAACGUGGUCCUGGAACCGUCUUCGCUCCGCGACCACUCCCGUCUCGCACCCGAGCUCCUCACCGCCACUCAGUACCGCAAGUGCGACGAAUUUCAGACCGGAAUAUUGAUCUACGAGAUGCUGCAUCGGCCGAACCCGUUCGAGGAAAAUCCCGAGCUCAAACAGAGGGAAUACUGUAGCUCGGAUCUGCCCCAGCUUCCCUUGCGAUCCCUCUACUCCAGCGGCCUUCAGCAGCUCGCCACAUUGCUCCUCAACCCCAACCCUUCCGAGCGCAUCCAGAUGGCCGACGCCCGAGCGUGCCUGCAGUGUCUGCUGUGGGGUCCGCGAGAGGAUCUUUUUAAUUCGUUAAACCCCUCCGCUGGAACCGUCCAGCGCCACACCGUCCUGCAGAACUGGCUGGACUUGAAGCGAACACUGAUGAUGAUCAAGUUUGCCGAACGUUCGCUGGACUCGGGCUGUGGCGUGAGCCUGGAAGACUGGUUGUGUUGCCAGUAUCUGGCCUUUGCCACCACUGAGUCUCUGAGCAAAGUGAUCAAAAUCUUGCAGCAGCCGCAAGGCGUCCUGAUCUGAUCUAAAGGCUACAUACGUUGUACAGGCGUGUGAUUUUUAUUUGGUUUUGUUAGUGAAUGUGUUUGCGUUUGGUUUAGUACAGUGGCGUGCAGAGAGUAAAAUCGAGUGAACAAAAGGUUUACAGGAUGAAAGUGACAAAGUCAUAUUUAACUCCACAGAUAAUGGCACAUUUAUAGAGCUGCUUUUAUACACAAAGUGAACUGCAUGAAAUGUGUGUGUGUGUGUGUGUGCGUGCGCGUGUGUGUUUUGUUAGGUUGUCACUCUGCUAUAGGGAACCACUAAUUCGACAUUCGCUGCAUCACGAUUGGUGGUGGUUCGUGAAAUUUCAAGAUGUGUCUCAUCAUUCUUGUUCUGGAGAAGUACAGUAAGCAUCGCAUAUCGAAUUGUGUGUGUGUGUAGAUGUAUAGAGGCCCACGAGAAUCACUGUAAUGUAUGUCUGUGGCAGAAAACUGACAUUAGGUCAAUGAAUGAGUCUAUAACAUGCCUUACUCGUAUAUGUGUGUGUGAGAGAGAGAUUGAAAGAGGCAGAAUAAACAUCAAAUCAGACAUUUUACUCAAAAUACAUUUUUACCCUGAUAUAAUACACAGAAAGAGAUUACAAAUGAUACAGAUUGGAUUACGUUAUUUUUCUACCACAACAAGAGCACUGUAAAGUUUACCAAAGACUGAACCACGCAAAAUAUUUUUACAUUUUCCGAUUAAAUGAAAUAUAUUAAUAAUCUCCCUCAUAAAGAAAGUGUCCUUAUCCAACUGUUAGAAAGGCUUGAUUUUAUUUUGAAGGUCCGAUUUGUUUCUAAUUUUUGAGUAGGAUAUCGAAAUUGAUCUUCUGCCCGAAAGAUAUCACUGAGAAAUUAUUGUUACUGUGAAAGCCGUACACAAAGUCUUACACUUUUAAAGGGUACCUCGACUAUAAAGACUUAUAUGCUUUAAAACUUUAUAUUCGCAUUAAAAUCCAUUGAUAGAAACACAUUAAAUCUUCUUAUUACUUUAAUAUUUUCAAAACCCCAACAUGUAAUACUCAUUUUAAGCUGUAGAGGCCGCCAUUUUGUUUCAUGCAUACCCACUAAAAAUGGCUGGGUUUUUAUGUUUACCCAUAAUGGGCAGAGGCGGACACUACUUGAGCAUUUUAAGUAAAUUUUUCAAGCAUCUGUGCUUUAUCAGAGUGUUUGUCUUGGGAAAAAAAUUUACUUUACUAAAAAAUGUUCACUACAUUCUAAAGCAUAGAAUCAUGCUGUGUAUUUCUUUUAUAUUGCAUAUUAAAAUUAAUUUAAUACCUAAUUAAAUAAAAAUUGUGUACUUUUUACUUAAGUAAAAGUAAAAAAAUACUAGAUGUUUAAUGUACUUAAAUAUUAAAUAUAAACCAAAAACUUUAAAUUAUGAAAUGUAGUGGAGUAAAAAUUAUGAUAAUAUGCUUGGGAAUGUAUGUUUUCCAAAGAAAAACACAGAUAAAAUAUGAAUACUUAAAAAUGUACUUUUAUGUAGAAAUUAAAAAUACUUAGUAGUAGUGUCCGCCUCUGAUAAUGAAUAUUUUUUAUUUUUUAACCUUUAUUUAACCAGGAGAAUCCCAUUGAGAUUAAGAACCUCUUUUGCAAGGGUGACCUGGCCAAGACAAAUUUUUUGAAUAAAAAUUCAAACACAUAGGUACAAACAAAUAUGCACACACACACACACACACAAAAACUAAAACCAACGCGUCAUAAAAUCAAUUUAGAUGUUUACAGUCUAAAAACAUUUACAUAUUAAGGCAUCUGCCUCUAAGUCUUUCAUUUUUAAUUUAAAAGCAUUUAGCGAUAUUAAAUCAGUAAGUUUCAAGUCCUUUUGCAACAUAUUCCAUGAUGAAGGUGCAGAAUACUGAAAUAAAUAUUAACGAAUAAAUUAAUAAAUAAAUUUAUUAAUGAAUAAAUAUUGGACAGAACGCAUGCUGGGUUUAAAAAUUCCCCAAUUUUUGUUGGUUGUUAUGCAACCAUGGGUUAUAACAACCAAGCAUUGGGUCAAUUUUAACCCAGCGGUGUGUUCUGUCCAAUAUUAACCCAAAAAUAACCCAGCCAUUUUUGGAGUGUAGUGCAUUCUGGGUCAAUGACGUGGAAUGGUUGUUGUGAAAUAUUACUAAAGUUUACCGUAGUACAUACUAUGGUAUCUAUAUAGUUUUUCAUGUGAAAUUUGUUUACCUCUCUUUCAUUUGUAUUUUCUGUACAUCUUCAUCAUUUAUGUUACUCUCUGAUUUGUAUUGAAAGGGCUUAACAGAAGAUGUUGAUGUUCUUGUAUUUUUAAUAGCAUGCAAAAGUUAAGACCAUACUGCCACCUACUGUCUGUGAGCAUUUAUAACUUCCAUCUUCUGUUUUACAUCAUUUUACAAUAUAGAGAUUGAAAACUUGUUUGUCAUAUUUACCUCGCUGAAGUGUUAAUAGAAAAACGUAUUGUGACGUAAACAAAAUGGCGGCCUUUGAGUGAAAAGCCUGUUAAAAGAGAUAGUUCACCCAAAGGUUAAAAUUAUGUCAUCAUUUAGUCAACCUGUUGUUGUUACAAACCUUUAUAAAAAAAUGUUGGAAGAUAAUUUCAGUAUUGUUUGUAACCAAACCAAUCUGAGGCCCCAUUCACUAUAGGGAAAAGAAUUCAAUGGAAGAGAAUGGGGCCUCUGAUCGGUUUGGUUACAAACAUUCUUCAAAAUAUCUUCCUUUGUGUUUAUCAGAACAAAGAAAUUAAUACAGGUUUGUAAUAACAUAAGAGUGAGUAAAUGAUGACAGAAUUUUCAUUUUUGGGUGCACUAUCCCUUUAAAUUCAUAUUCAUAUAAUCCCAGUGUUAAAGGGAUAGUUCACUUUAAAAUGAAACUUCUGUCAUCAUUUACUCAUCCUCAUGUUGUUCUAAACCUGUAUGAUUUUUUUUAUCUGAUGAACACAAAAGUUUAAGAAAUGAGCAGCUGAUAGUGACCAUUGACUUUCAUAGUAGGAAUAAAAAUAUGAUGGAAUUUUAUUUGUAACGUCAACUGUGUGCUUACCAUCAUUUAUCUAAAUAUUUUCUUCAUCAUUUAUCACAAUACUUCCAAAAUAUAUUUUUCCUACUAUGGAAGUCAAUGGUCACUAUCUGCUGUGUGUUAACCAUCAUUUCUCAAAAUAUCUUCUUUUGUGUUCAUCAAAAAAAAGAAAUUCAUACCGCUUAAUAACAACAUGAGGAUGAGUAAAUAUUGACAAAAUUUUAAUUUUAAAGUGAACUAUCCCUUUAAUCUAGUAAACAGUACGUAUUUUUAUAGUCGGGGUAUUCUUUAAAAAUGAAGGUGGUGUCACUUAUAGCACCUUUAAGUUUUAAACACACAGUAGUUAAUUGAGAUGUGUAAGCAUAUCAUAAACAGGUGUCACUCCAGAUACCAACCGUAGUGUGAAUAUGUUCCACUUUAAAAUAUCAAACCCUGAAUCCCAAACAUUGUGUGUCUCUAGGUUCGGUGUGAAUCCUUACUUGGAUUUAUGUGCAAUCAUUUAAAAGUGUUACCAUUGUUGCAGUAUUUUAGAUGUAUUAGCGCACUUGAUAGUCUCGGCAUGCAUCUUUUGUCUUCCUAUGUCUGGCACAUAAAUAAAGGGAGUGCGUUCUCAGAGAUCAGACCCACGGCGAGGUGAGGAUUUUUAAGGAUUUGUAAAGUAUUAGCCUGUAUCAAGAAUGGCACGUGCUAAAGUCAUUUUAGUCUUUGUUGUGUAGUGUCAUCAUUGAUAUAGAUGUGUGUUUGAGGACUGCUAGAGCAGGCCGGCGCAGCGGUAGAAAGGAUUCGGCAUGUAGACUGAUCACCUUCUCAUACACACACACACAGGCUGCAUCCCAGUUUGCAUACUACUACCGUGUGUCUUAAAGUACAUACUUGUGCUGGAUCUCAGUAUGUAUUUUUGAGAAUGUAGUUAGACUGACGUAUUGUUUGCGUUAAAAUCUAAAUGCUAACACAUAAUUCAAUUCAUUAUUGUAAAAUGUGCAUUAUUUACAGUUACAUAUUAUACAAAGUGACUUACAGUGCAUUCCCUGGGUUUGAACCCAUGACUUUUUGUACUGUUACUAUACUAAUCUUUAUUAUCUGCUGUAAUGGAUUUUUCUACAAAACAUCCCAAGCACCUUUCUGUGUUCUGGUUAAUAUUAGCCAAAAAAUAUAGAUGCAUUAUUCAGAAUUACUACAUUUCUACUUUAUAUUCUAGUACACAAGUAUGUACUUUUGGAUGCAGCCAUUCCCAAUAUUUCCUGUAUCCAUCACAUUUUAUUUUAUAUCAAAAUCAUAAUCUGCAUAUUUUCAGAAAUGAGUGUAUAUGUCACAAAUUAGGGCGGGACCAUUGGUUUACUCCUAAUAACACAUCUUCCAUAUCAUAAUAAAUUUCAGUAUAGUGAAUCAGGUGUGUUUGAGAAAAUCUAGCGUGUGUUGUGCUGAAUGUUUGUGGGUCCCAUCGAGCAAUAUGUUGUAAAUAAUUUGAGUGUAGUUUAUAGACGACUAUUAGAUCCAUCACAGGCACGAGUUUUAACAUUGAAUGAAAGCAUCAGCGGAUGUCUGUAAACAGGAGGACGUUUGUGUGUUUCUGUUUUGUUUUAUCAAAUUUUAUUCAUGUAUUUACUGUUAUUUACAAAUGUUUAUUGCCAGUGUUAAUUUGACAGUACUGCUUUUUACCUACAUGCAUAUCUUAUGGUAUUCAGCUCUCCAUUACUGAGUUUACUGCUCAUAAUAAAACUAUGAAUAUGUUUUUAAA